GUUGUUGGAGAACAGUUUAUAAUAUACUUGUAAAAGGAUGGAGAUAACCAAUGUUUCCGAGUAUGAAGCUAUUGCCAAGGAGAAGCUACCUAAGAUGAUUUUUGACUACUAUGCUUCAGGUGCUGAGGAUCAAUGGACCCUCAAGGAGAACAGAAAUGCAUUUUCAAGGAUCCUGUUUCGACCUCGCAUUCUCAUUGAUGUUAGCAAGAUCGACAUGACUACCACCAUUUUGGGCUUCAAGAUAUCAAUGCCUAUCAUGAUUGCUCCAACUGCCAUGCAAAAAAUGGCUCACCCUGAAGGAGAGUAUGCAACAGCAAGAGCAGCAUCUGCAGCUAACACCAUUAUGACAUUAUCAUCAUGGGCUACUUCCAGUGUUGAAGAAGUUGCUUCAACAGGACCAGGGAUUCGUUUUUUCCAACUCUAUGUGUACAAGGACAGAAAAGUUGUUGAGCAGUUGGUUAGAAGAGCGGAACGAGCUGGCUUCAAGGCAAUUGCUCUCACUGUUGACACCCCAAGACUUGGACGUAGGGAAGCUGACAUUAAGAACAGAUUUACUUUACCACCAUUUUUGACUUUGAAGAACUUUGAGGGAUUGGACCUUGGACAGAUGGAAAAGACAAGUGACUCUGGACUUUCAUCAUACGUUGCUGGUCAAAUUGAUCGAACUCUAAGCUGGAAGGAUGUGCAAUGGCUCCAGACAAUUACCAAGAUGCCAAUUCUAGUGAAGGGUGUUGUUACUGCUGAGGAUACUAGGUUAGCUAUACAAGCAGGAGCAGCAGGUAUCAUCGUGUCCAACCAUGGAGCUCGUCAGCUUGACUAUGCACCAGCCACCAUCAGUUGUCUUGAGGAGGUCGUGAAAGCUGCACAGGGCCGAGUCCCCGUAUUCCUUGAUGGUGGGGUUCGUCGUGGAACAGAUGUUUUCAAAGCAUUAGCUCUAGGAGCUUCGGGCAUAUUUAUUGGAAGACCUGUUGUGUUCUCAUUGGCUGCUGAAGGUGAGGCUGGUGUAAGAAAGGUACUCCAGAUGCUUCGUGAUGAAUUUGAGUUGACAAUGGCCCUAAGUGGAUGCCGCUCACUCAAAGAGAUUAGUCGUUCUCACAUUGUGACCGAGUAUGAUCAGCCUCGCAUCGCUAUCACACCAAGGUUAUAAAGCGUGUUAUGAAUCAUCAUAGCUCUAUUGCGUAACUGUUUCAAGAAUGCUAUCGGUUAAGGUUCUUACUGCAUUUAUAAUUCUAUCUGUCGUUCUAAGAACUCUUGUUGAGUCUAGAAUUGCUUAUAGUAGAAAGAAUUUAAGCUUUUGAUAUGAAGGAUUGUUAUUUGUCAUAAAUGGCUUCUAUUACAAGCCUUCUCUGUGUAUAUUCUUUCUUCCGAUUAAGAUGAUGUUUUAAAACUACUUAUAUUCACUUGCAUAUUGAAUUUGAGCAUUUUCUAAAUUGUAAUGUAUAUUCAGACCUUUA